AUGGCUCCUAUCGCUAUCGAUACAAAUACCUCUCAAACUGCUCCGCAAUCCUCUGUGGAUGAUAUAGCAGCUCUUAAAGCUAAACUCCACGCUGCCAAGGGAGAUAUCUUACUUCCUCCUGAUAACACCUUGCGUAGAUACCAAAAAGCCGGUAUUGACAUCUCAAAUGGUUACCCAUAUUUCCCUCCGAAACCAGAUUAUGUUCAAGAUGUGACCAAGAUCAGAGAGAGCAUUAGGGAAUAUCAGGAUCCUGGAUUGAGAGCUGAUCCCGAGAAGAAAGCUCUUUUCAGUGCUGCCAAAGAAGUCAAGAAUCUGACCACUUGGAUUGGUACUGAGAUCAUAGGCCUUCAAUUGAAAGACCUCAAUGAUAAACAAAAGGAUGAACUUGCUCUGCUUGUUGCUGAACGAUCCGUUGUCUUCUUCAGGGACCAGGAUCUGUCUCCUCAGGGAAAACAAGAGCUAGGUCUUUACCUUGGUGACGGGGAGAUCGAGAGACACCCUCAAGCUGCACAAGUACCCGGUGUCGGUGGCGGUAUCACCCUUAUCUGGGAACAAGGCAGGAAAGACAAGAUCCAAACCGGCAGAAGUCACCGUGUUCCUUACGGAGGCGGUCAAUUUGGAUGGCAUACGGACUUGGUGCAUGAGGCAUUCCCUCCUGGAUACACACAUUUGCAUCAAGAUACUGUACCUGAGGUCGGAGGAGAUACCCUGUGGGCUUCCGGUUAUGCGGCGUAUGACAAGCUCUCACCAGCUUUCAAGAAAGUGAUUGACGGCUUAAAUGGUAUUUACCGAUCCGCUCAUAGGUACAAGGAUGAAAGCGAUCCCGAGGGUGACGCCAAAUACGUUACUCGAACUCAUCCUCUUGUCCGAACUCACCCAGUCACCGGUUGGAAAGCUUUAUGGAUCAACCAAGCUAUGACUGUCGGUAUUGAAGGAUUCGAUAAAGCCGAAUCUGAUGCCAUCCUCAAGUACUUCUAUAACGUGCAUGAGCGAUCGACCGAUAUUCAACUCCGAUGGCAUUGGACUCCCGGUACAUCUGCCAUUUGGGAUAACCGUACAACCAUUCAUACUGUUUCUUACGAUUACGAUGGCGAAAGACAUGGUACUCGAGUUUCAUCACUCGCCGAAAAACCAUUCUACAAACCUGAUUCUAAAUCUAAAUCAGACGAUUUACAGCUCAGAGGCUGGGUGAACACUCCUGAUGUUGCUAACCGAUACUAG